AUGAUAAAUCUAUUUGGUAUUAACAAUUCAGAAUUUUUCGUUAAUCCUGAUCAAGAAGGUCAUGAAAAAUAUGUGAAAGACGGUUUUAAACGUGUAUUAGCGGGUGAAUUGGUUGAUCAUAUAGGAGCUGUGUGUAUUUUUAGUCAUCUCAACGAUCAUCAACUACUUGAUAUUGCAGAUGGUUUCACGUUGAGAGUGUUUGAACUUGGAGAACGUUUAAUGGAAGCUAAUAUACCAAUUCAUUCAAUUUUUAUUUUGCUAAAAGUAAAUUCAUCAAAACGACUUGCAUAA